AAAAAAUGUUAUAAAUACAUCACUUCAACUUUCACCUAAACACUUCGAUCAAUUAAUUGCAGCUUAUCCAUUUUCCCAACAUGUCUAAUUACCCGCACCACAAUCCCUCCGGCGCCGGCUACCCCUACGGCGCUCAGCCGCCCUCGUCGCAGUCCUACCCAUCUGGUCCCUACGGCGCUCAGCCACCUCCCGGCCAAUCCUCACCCUACGCCCCCGCCCCCUCCCCCUACGGCGCCCCCUCAGCUCCCCCUGGCGCGCCCAACCAGUCCUACGGCGCCCCCUCGGCUCCCCCCGGCGCGCCCAACCAGUCCUACGGCGGCUACCCGCCUUCGGCGUACGGAAGCCCCUUCGCCGCCCUCACGCCGUCGGCUUUCCCGCCUGGCACUGAUCCGAGCGUGAUCUCCUGCUUUCAGAUGGCCGAUCAGGACGGUAGUGGAUUCAUCGAUGAUAAGGAGCUUCAGCGCGCCCUCUCGUCGUAUAAUCAGAGCUUCAGUUUGAGGACUGUGCAUCUGCUUAUGUAUCUUUUCACCAACACUAAUACCAGAAAGAUAGGUCCAAAAGAAUUCACUCAAGUCUUUUACAGUCUUCAGAGCUGGAGGGCAAUAUUUGAGAGAUUUGAUAGGGACAGAAGUGGCAAGAUUGACAUGAACGAACUGAGAGAGUCACUCCUCAGUCUUGGAUUCUCAGUGUCACCUGUAAUUCUGGAGUUGCUGGUUUCCAAGUUUGACAAAAGUGGUGGCAAAAACAAGGCCAUUGAAUACGAUAAUUUCAUAGAGUGCUGUCUCACUGUCAAGGGACUGACUGAGAAGUUCAAAGAGAAGGAUACCUCAUUCUCUGGUUCGGCAACUUUCACCUACGAAUCCUUCAUGCUAACUGUUUUACCUUUCCUUAUUGCUUAGGGAAAAUGCAGCUUGUUUUGUUUCUCCAACUUCACUCUUGUUUUUCCUUUCUGCUAUCUUCCUCGAAUUUCGGAUUCUGAAUCUUCUGUGUUGAUGUUAUUCUACUUUCCUAAACGGCGUAGCUUUAUGUAGCUGUUACUCGUUGUAAAACGGUAGUUUUUAAGUAGUGUGAUUUUCUGCGGUUUGUGAAAUUUA